GUCGAUAUUCAUUCGCACUGUAUCUGAGCAGACAUCCAUUUUGAAGUGUUGAUUUUAAGUGAUUAGACUUCCCGAUAUAUCUAGUCUGUAAUGUCGCUGCGCGGAUUGCGAGCUUCAGCGCUUUAGUUUCACAGUUUCCAUAUUACGCCGUCAGUAUCAGUAGUAGUAGUAGUAUCGGAUUGUGUGCGAUAUUGAGGCUCGGUUUGUGCUUGAUGUCUCGGCGGACACGGAGCUGAUUGCAUUAGAGGCGGCACAUGCUCAGUUAGCGCUGCUGAGCGGCAGCUCGGUAGGCUGGCGCGUGAACGCUGAGGUCAUCGCCUGAGCUCGGGGAGAAAAUCCUCAGCCUAGCCUCCAUUUUGAGUAGCUACUAUGAAAUAGGCGAAUAGCAUAGUUUUGGGCCGCCGCCGCAGAACGAAAACAAACUGUAAACACAACAGAACGAGCUCCCGUCAUGGACGACCUGUUCAGUCCGCGAAGGUACAACUGAGCUGAAUGUUGAAGCUCACCUGCACCAGAACACAGCCGGAGCAGUUUGUUGAUGCUGGUAUCUGAACAUACAACCUUCUGAUUCAUAACUCAAAGCAUUAACCACAACUCAGCAGUGGACACGGUUGAAUCGUGUCCAUAUGAACUGGCUAUGCUGGUUGUGGUACUCAGUGGUCAGUGCUUUGAGUUACAAAUUACAACGUCCAGGUUGAAAUCCCAGCACCACCAAACUGGCAUGGCAGCUGAACAGCACGCAAGGGGAGAUUAGAGUCGGUCCAAGUCAUCAGGCCAAACUCCCUGAGCUGCAGCCACUUCCCACUCCUGGUAUAGACUCAGUGACCGAGAAAGAGGAGCUAGUCUGGACACCAGGAGUCAAUGACUGUGACCUUCUCAUGUACUUGCGAGCUGCCAGGAGCAUGGCAGCGUUUGCAGGGAUGUGUGAUGGAGGGUCAACAGAGGAUGGCUGUCUUGCAGCCUCUCGUGAUGAUACCACGUUGAACGCGUUAAACACGCUCCAUGAAAGCCAGUAUGAUGCAGCUAAAGCUCUUCAGUGCCUGGUGAAGAAACCUGUCCCUAAGCUCAUAGAGAAAUGCUGGUCAGAGGAUGAAGUGAAGAGAUUUAUCAAAGGUCUCAGGCAGUAUGGCAAAAAUUUCUUCAGGAUUCGCAAAGAGCUUCUCCCCAGUAAGAAAACGGGUGAGUUAAUUACCUUUUACUACUACUGGAAGAAAACUCCUGAAGUUGUUGGGUCACGACCUCAGCGUCAGCACCGCAGGCAGCCUGCAUCUCGCAAGGUCAAAACCCGCAACGCUGUAGCAGCCACCAACAACAAUUCUCGCACCUCAUCAAUGGAGCUCAGUUCAGCCAGUGAGGAUGAUAUGGACAGUGAGGACAGUGAGCAGGGGGAAAAAGGACAAACUUGCAGCCACUGUUUAACCACCAGCUCUAAAGACUGGCUUCAUGGAGGUCGUGACAACGUCCUGUUAUGCGCCACCUGCCACGCCCACUUUAGCAAACAUAGACGACUGCCACCUAUACCCAAGCCAGCUGACCCACCCUACCUGUUCAAACCUGUACGAGAUGAAGAUGAAGGGCUCGGUGCACGUCAGGGAAUGAAGACACGUCGCAGCAGAGCCUCAAUGUCUUCCCUGAGAAGCGGGCGGAAUCGACUGACAGGAAGCCCUGAUACAGGUCUGUCCCCCCCCAAUGACGAAGUCCGAGCUAGUGGCCACGCCUCCAGAACUGGCUCCUCUGCUAUGGCAACCAGAGCUUCCAGUGCUGAUGCCAAGGCUAUGGCUGGGAAGGCUGGCAAGAAGAUAAAAGUGGAACCAUCCUUAGUAAAAGGAAUUAAGAGACAGAGAGACAAUGUUGCACCAGAUGCAGAUGAACCAGAAAGAAAAACUAUGAAAAGGCCGAAGAAUCAAGAGGUUCCAGAUUCCCAGUCUGAAGGAGAGGGUGAGGGUGAAAGCUCAGACAGCCGCAGUGCUAAUGAGGAUGGCAGCAGCGAUACUAAAGAUAUAGACCAGGACAACCGCAGCUCUUCCCCAAGCCUUGCCAGCCCCUUACCAGCCAACGAGAGUGAUUUAGAUUCACCUGUCCCUCCACCUCCACCUCCAGCUGGGCCACAGAACCAAUCACAACAACCUGUUACCACUAUAGAAGCUGCUCCUCCAGCUCCUUCUCAGACCCCACCUGCUUUGGCACCUCAGCCCAUACAAUCAAGUGUAUCUUCACCUGGAGUUUCUACCAUCACUACCACCACCAACACUACUUCACGAGUGGUUGUCCCUGUGGAAAUUCCCCAGGAUGAUCCAUCCGUCAUCGCCCAUAGGCGGAGUCAAAGGGUUCCAGAGGCUCCUCCCGCAUCCCAGCCUCCCUCUGGUCUCUCCUCUUUCCCGGGACCAGGUCCAGGGCAAAGCCAGUCUUUUCCUCCAUCAGCUCAUCAUUAUCAUCACCACCCAAGUCAGGUUCAGAAUCAUCCAUCUAAUGCUCAUCAUUCUCAUGGAUUUGGUCCUAAACCCCUUCAACUUCAGCGGGAUAGCCUCCAUUCUCCACUGCCACCGACAUCUGCGUCUCAAAUCAAGCCCCCGCCAACUACCCCUAUACCCACCACUCACAAACCAGUUCCUCCUAUUUCUGCUCCUCCUCCAUUUCUACAGAUUCAUCCCAAUCUGCCUCCACCUCCAGCAUUAAAGCCUCUGGCCUCUUUACCUGCGCAGCACCCUCCCUGCUCUCAACCUCCUCCCUUGCACAUCAUGCCCCAGCCUCAUCCUCAGCCUCCACCACCUGUGUUAACUCAGACCCAGAGCCAUCAAGGCAAAAGUCAUAUUACCAGCCUCCCUCCAACCUCAGCCUGUCCUCAUCCAUUGCUCUCCCAGAAUCGUCCUAUGGCUGAAUCCACUACUCCCUUCCCUAUGUCCUCUUCUGCUGCAGUUCCUGGCCCACAGCCAUCCACUUCCUUUGCACCAAGUGUGCCUGCUGGGCCAGCGCAUGUAACCAUCAAGCAGGAGCCCGUAGAUGAAGACGAGAACUGUGAAAGCCCACCACCUCCUCCCCGCAGGACUCCCUCACCUGAACCCACAGUGGUUAACAUCCCCAGCCAUGCAAGCCAGUCAGCCAGGUUCAUCAAACGUCUGAACAGAGGCUACAAUUCCUGUGCUCGCACAGACCUCUACUUUACCCCUCUUGCUAACUCAAAACUAGCCAAGAAAAGGGAGGAGGCAGCUGAAAGACUCAGAAGAGAGGCAGAGCAGAGUGCUCGUCAGAGUCGAGAAAGAGAGAGGGAGCGUGAGAGGGAGAGAGAAAGGGAGCGGGAGAGAGAAAGAGAUUCAGACAAAGCUUCUCGAGCCUCCAGUUCUUCCCAUGAGGGUCGUGUCAGUGAUUUGCCAAUAGCUGGACCCAUGGCACCAGGACGGCCGUUAUUCGAGGCCCCGCCUGCAGCAGCUGUGGCUGCUGUCCCUCCAUACCUUGGGCCUGAUACACCAGCUCUGCGUACCCUCAGCGAGUAUGCACGGCCUCAUGUCCUAUCACCUGGCAGCCAUCGUGGUGGCCAUGCCUUCUUUACACCCUUGGGGCCUGCUGACCACUUGCUGGCCUAUCACAUGCAGGGCCUAUAUGCAGCUGACCCCGCACUUCGGGAGCUUCGAGAGCGUGAGAUCCGUGAGAGAAUGAAACCAGGCUUUGAGGUGAAAGCACCUGAGCUGGAGACACCUCUGCAUCCAUCCCACAAUCACAUGGAUCAUUUGGGCCGCCAUGGAGCCCUGGCUCUUCCACACCCAUUUGGGCCAUACCACCCAGCCAUGGAGCGCAACAUGGUGCGGCCAGAGUUAACAUACGCUGAGCGGCUGACUGCAGAGCGACUCCAUGCUGAGAGGAUGGCAGCAACUGCUGUAGACCCUGUGACCAGACUUCAGAUGCUCAACGUAACACCACACCAUCACCAGCAUUCGCACAUUCACUCCCACCUACAUCUGCACCAGCAGGACCCACUCAACCAGGGUCCAGGGCCCCAUCCUCUGGUAGAGCCGUUGGCAGGAGGUCCCCCACUGGCUCGAUUCCCCUACCCACCAGGUGCACUUCCGAACCCACUGAUCAGUGAGUUGCCCCAUGAACAUGAAAUUCUGCGGCACCCUCUUUUUGGAGCAGCAUUCCCAAGAGAAUUACCUGGACCACUGGGUCCCAUGUCAGCUGCACAUCAGCUGCAGGCCAUGCAGGCUCAGUCAGCAGAGUUACAGAGACUAGCAUUGGAACAGCAGUGGCUACAUGGGCACACACACCUGCAUGGUGCUCCUCUCCCUAGCCAAGAGGACUACUACAGCCGUCUGAAGAAAGAGGGAGACAAGCAGCCUUGAACUGGUUGAUCUACACUGUGGACUAUGGGGUGAUUUCUGUAUUCAGGGUGGGAGCAGUUCUUCUCUGCAGGACCCCUGUACAGAAUCAGUUUACUCCCUUUCAGCACUUAUGACUCUACCCUACUUUGUGGUAUUGUAUGAAAUAACAGUUUUGUUUUGUUUUUUUUGUUUUGUUUUCUUUUUCCAAGCACAUCGACCUUGUUUUUGUUGCAUGUCUAUAUUACUUAGCAGUUUUUACUGUUAAAAAUGAACUCUAUUGUAAAAUUGUUGCUGUGCUAAAGCACUAGAUGUAUUUAGUAUUUGCAAGGUGCUGUCCAGUAUCGCGAAUAUCCACAAUACAGCUUAAGGUUUAAAACUUUAUUGAAGCCUACUCUAUAAUACUGUACAUACUAUGUGUAUCAAAUAAUAUAUUACAUGUGUAAAUGAGUGUUUUAAUGUUAGAUUUGGACUCAAAAAAAAAAGAAAGAGAGCGAGCGAGAGAGAGAGAGACAAAAGAACGUGUGUGCAGUAAGUGCAUGCUUUAAAUACUGUAUCAUAGCUUUUCUUUAACCUUCUCUUUUUAAGCUAUAUCUUAGAGGGAACACUCUUAUCAGUAUAUAACAGUAGAGAGAGAAUAGUUUUUGGACUGUUUAUUGCAAUACAAAUGAAACUGUAUUAAUAACAAAUAAGUAAUUAAUUGACAACAUGUCAUAUAUCUCUGGAUAAAGUAUUAUGUCUAAGUAACAAUAUAAAGCUAGCUGUGACCACUAGUGGAGUGUCAUUUAUUCGUGCUCAAACGGACAUCAGUUCAAAUAAUUAAUCGCAUUACUUACUUCUGAUGUCAAAAUGUUUUUUUUUCUUUACACAACAGCCAAAAAGACAGUAUUUUCUACAAUAAACCAGUGAAUACUGAAAGUAACCUUUUAUCAAGUGUGUAUUGAAUGUUUGAGUUGGUUCGAUUAAACAGUCCCUCCAGCAUUUUGUGAAGGUUGUGAUUUAUUUGCGGCCAGUUUCGCCGCAGGUUUUUUUUUCUCCAAAAUUUGUCAUGUAACCCGUCUUUUGUGCUUUUUGUUACGGGAUUAUUUGAAUUGGUGAAAUUUCAAGCGCAGGAUUCUUCUACUACUACUACUACCAGUGAUGACGCACGUUUCUAUAAUUUCUACGAUGCUGAUGGUAGAUGGCUUUGAAUGUGUGUGGUGAUGUCACAUGACAUGUCUUGGGCCAAAUCUGUGGGAAAAUUUUCAAAAAUUGCCCUCUAUUCUGAAUAUCAAAGAGUUUGUUUGGUUUUACGUUUAUUUGUGCAGUCACAAAAACCUGGAGGGACUGAUCUAACCUUGUAUUUCGGUACACGGUAUUACUCUCCUUGUAAAGAAACAGCUUGCGUAUUAAUCUGUAUAAUUAACAUGUGAUCUUCGGUGGCAUCCAGAGGUUAUUUUAUAACCAAUGUCUGAGUUGACGUUUUAGUUAAACCAUUUAAUCUACAGCUAUAGUCUAUGACCACAAUGUAGUUUCCAAUGCAGCUUGACUACAUGCUAAUAGAGGAGCCUUACUUCAUCUUUGGCCUGAAGAGGGUGAUUUAGCCUGUACAGCUCUCUCACCUCCUCUUCUCCACACUCUGCUCAAACAGAUCAGGUUUCAAAGCUUCAGCUUACAAGCUAAUACCACCGUUGACACCAUUGUGCUUGUCCACUUGUAGAUCCCUAACUAAUCCGGCUGAUUCUCGGCUGUGAAUAAAACACAAUGGUGUCAUGUUGCUGCAUUGCAUGUUGGAACUUGGAGUCCAACGUUUGCUAUCUCGUGCUGGAGUUCUCAUUCGUAUGAUAUUAAAAGUUACUGCUGAGUGAAAACGGUGAGUGAGAAUGACAUCAGGGCAGUGCAGACAGCCAAUAACAACUCACAAGAAUAAAAAAAAAUCCAGCAGCAACCAACAAAUUUAGCACCGCAAUCACUAAGCACA